AUGGAGGGUUGCCAUAGGGCCUGGGCGUACAUGGGGACGGUGCCGACUGGGGUGGAGGAAGCGGCACGAGAGGAGAUUUCGGCCAAGCUGCGCCCCGCGGCUGUGCACUCCACCAUGGGCAAGGUGUUCAUGGAGACGGCGGCACCGCUUGAAGAGGUGACCGCGCUACGUGCUGUAGACCGCCUGUUCCUGCUGGCGCUACACCAUCCAUCGCCCAACUAUCCUGCAGAGGGCUCGUUGGUGGCGGCGUUCAAGGCGUGGGUGGUGAGCGAGACCAUCGACUGGCCUGCGAUCCUCGAUGUCUGGCAGAAGGCCUACCACGCUCAUUUGCGACCACCCGAGGUGGCACCCGCAAGCGGCUUUGGUUACUACCCGGACACGCCCUGCCGCAGGUGGGACUCGAGGUACGCGUACGCCAAUUCGGGCAUCAGCUUCGCCGUUUCGUGUACGAGGACGGGCCUGCGCACCAAGAGCCUCACCUCCAAGCAGAUCGCCCAACACUGCGGCGACAGCCUGGUGGAAGAGUUUGGGUGGAAGGUGGACCUGGAGCAGCCGGCGCUCUCCAUCGCUAUCUACGCCACCGACGACCACUUCAUUGUUGGCAUUCCACUGCUCGAGAGUCAAGUGGCCAAGCGAGAGCACAUUCGGGGCAAGGGACUGCGAUGCUCCAUCGCCUAUGCCAUGUGUCGAGCAGCAGGGGUGGCGAAUGGGAGCGUGAUUCUCGAUCCCAUGUGCGGCCGG